UCUGAUUCAUCUUUCUUCUUCUUUUUCUUCUUCUUCUUCUUCUUCUUCUUCUUCUUCUGUCAUACCUCACGCAGCUUUUCAUUUGCUUUUCAAGUUUGCUGUACAACUCCCACGACGCUACUACAUAUAUCCUACUUUCCCUUCCCCUUCUUUCUCUCUCGCUCUCCACCCUUGGUUCCCACCUCUACCGCUGCUCCAAUUGCAAACAAAAUCCCAACCUCGACCCGAUUUAUUCCAGGAAACAAAGACUACAUCUCUUCACCCACCAAGAUCAACGCAACAAUGCCUCGCCAUGGCAGGGGUGCCAGCCGCACCAGAACGGACCCGCCGUUCCCCACCAAACAAAUGGCCAUUCUAGCACUCUGCCGGAUCAGCGAACCCAUUGCCUUCAUGUCCAUCUUCCCCUACGCCUACUUCAUGGUGGAGUCAUUCGGCAUCGCAAAGAGCAAGGGCGAGAUCUCCAUGUACACGGGCAUGGUCACAUCAGCAUUUGCCUUCUCCGAAUGCGUCAGCGGGAUAUUUUGGGGCCGGCUGAGCGACAGGAUCGGGCGCAAGAAGGUGCUGCUGGGAGGGCUGUUCGGAACGGGACUGAGCAUGUUGUUGUUCGGAUUCGCCAGAAGCCUGCCAAUGGCGUUGUUUGCCCGGGCGCUGGGGGGGCUGCUGAACGGGAACAUCGGCGUACUCCAGACGACCGUCGCAGAGCUGGUAACAGCGGAGAAGCACCAGCCGCGCGCGUAUUCCAUCAUGCCCUUUGUGUGGUGCCUCGGCACCAUCAUCGGCGCAACCCUUGGCGGCAUUCUCGCUCGCCCCGCUUUGGCUCUGCCAACCUGGUUCGAGGGCACCAUCUUCGACACGUACCCGUUCCUGCUUCCGAACCUGGUCUGCACCGCCGUCGUCAUCUGCGGCCUGGCUGUCGGCAUCCUGUUCCUCCACGAGACUCACGAGGACUGCAAGUACGACCGCGACCGCGGCCGCGAGCUGGGCAAUUGGCUCCUCGCCAAACUCUCCCGCAAACAUGACUCCUCGUCCUACGCGCCCCUAUGUGACAAAGAUGCUCCCCUGGACGAGGAAGACGCUGCCCCCCUGUGCCCGUCCAGGAGCAACUGCAGCUCCCCAACCUUGUGCAGCGCCCGCUCGUCCAUGUCUGAGCCAGCACCCUUUGAACUCGAGAGGAAACUGACCAUCCGCGAUGCCUUCACUAAGCAGGUGUGCUUGAGCAUCGUCUGCUACGGCAUCCUCGCCUUCCAUACCAUAUCUCUCGAGCAGCUACUCCCGAUCCUCAUGUCCAAGGCCGAACCCACCGGGGAUAAUCGUCACCUUCCAUUUUACUUCCAGGGCGGUUUCAACUUCACCUCCCAGACCAACGGCAUGCUUUUGUCUAUACAGGGCGUGCUGCAGAUGGUCGCCCAAAUCUUCAUUUUCCCUUGGAUCAGCAAGAAAAUCGGUAGCCUACGCACAUUCUGCCUCACGAUUGCAUUCUAUCCUUUCCUCUACCUGCUCGCACCGUACCUCGCAUUACUCCCCAAAAACUUCCGGGUUCCAGGAAUCGUGCUUCUGCUGGUCUGGAAGGUCACCGCGCAGUCCUUGUCUUACCCGUCCCUUGCCAUCUUGCUCACCAACUCAUCGCCGUCCAAGAAGGUCCUGGGGACCUUGAACGGCGCAGCCAUGGCCUCAGCCAGCGUCUGCAGAGGUUUUGGCCCCACCGUUACUGGCGCAGUCGAUUCUGUCGGUGACCGCAUCGGCAUGUCAGGCCUUGCCUGGUGGACUUGCGCCGUCAUUGCCGCUAUCGGUUGGGUGCCUGGAUUCUUCAUGGAAGAGCCACCGCGUAAGCAGGAAGACGACGAAGAAGUUGGAUUCGGCAUGGAGUCAUCUGACUCUGACGCCGAGUCUAUUAUCACCCUCACCCCGGACGAUACCGCAGGGUCCGUGCUUUCUAAAUAA